GAAUUGCUGUUUCCUGUCUGGAGGUUUCGGUGAUUUGCAAAGCAGAAGUCACUCGAAAAGGAUUAGCUAGCUUGCUAGCAGCCGAAAUCCCUUUAGAUGUUGGAAUUCGCCGUAAAUGAGCCACUUUGAUCACCGCUGACCCGUCGAGCCCAUCCUGCUGAGCUGAAACACAGUACUGGUACCAUGGCAAUCCUGUUUGCUGUGGUGGCUCGUGGAACCACCAUCCUGGCCAAGCAUGCAUGGUGUGGAGGCAACUUCCUGGAAGUUACGGAGCAGAUUUUAGCCAAAAUCCCCUCAGAAAACAACAAAUUAACCUACAGCCACGGCAGCUAUCUUUUUCACUAUAUCUGCCAUGACCGAAUCAUAUACCUGUGUAUUACUGAUGAUGAUUUUGAGAGAUCACGUGCAUUCAGCUUCCUCAGUGAGGUGAAGAAGCGCUUCCAGACAACAUAUGGGUCUAGAGCACAAACAGCCCUGCCAUACGCCAUGAACAGUGAAUUCUCCUCAACGCUGGCGGCCCAGAUGAAACAUCACUCAGAUCCACGAGGAUCAGAUCGUAUCACUGAAACUCAGAUGCAAGUGGAUGACCUGAAGGGCAUUAUGGUCCGCAACAUAGACCUGGUAGCUCAAAGAGGAGAAAAGCUGGAGUUACUGAUUGACAAGACAGAAAAUCUGGUUGAUUCUUCAGUUACAUUUAAGACCACGAGUCGUAACUUGGCACGAGCCAUGUGUAUGAAGAACCUCAAACUGACAAUUGUCAUUGUGCUGGUUUGCCUGGUGGUCAUUUACAUCAUCGUCUCUGCUGCCUGUGGGGGCCUCAGCUGGCCAAAUUGUGUCAAAAAAUGAGAGGAGCAUGGAGAAAAUAGAGAGGGAGAUAAAGGAUAAAUGGACAAGGGGGAGAAGAGACUGAUUAACCUUACUUGCCAGCGGACUCAAAAAUAAAAACAACUUUCCUUGCUUACAUCUUUGUCUCUAAAAUCCAUGGAUGAUACACGCUGCUGCUCCUCCUGCCUAUUUCCGCACGCCCCCUCCCCUUGAUGAUGUGCACAUUAUCAACUUGCCUUCUGGACCGUGAGUCCCACCUCAUACCCACAGUAAUGGACAGCAUCCAUGUGGCCUAAAACUGAAGUGGAACAAUAAUCUUGUCUUAUUCUAGCCUGGUACAUUAAUCCUACUAGUGGCCUGAUGUAUCAGUUUGUCAAUCAGUCCUCCAUCUAUCUGUGUAAUUAAUCCAUUCAGACUGAUGCCACAAUGAUAAAGAUAGCAAAAUACUUUUUCUGUCUUGCUUCUCUUUGAUGUAAAAAGAGACUCAUGAUUUGCAAAAGUAGGUAGCAUCCACUGUGUGUUGCAGAUUCACCACAUGACAGAGUCUGGCCCUACAUUAAAAUCACUGACUCUACUAAUGCAGUAUGUCUCAAGUGGCACAUGACUCUGAGGAAUUUUUUUUUUUUUUUUGCAUUUUCAUCACCAAGCACAGAUGUAUCUUAUACAGUAGAUGUUGUAAAAUACCAGAUAUGCUCUUACAAAUAAAUACUGUAAAUUUGAUUGCUAUUGUCGAUUCAGAUGACACAGUUCUUUUAAAUCAACGGAAACUAUUUUCCUCUUGAUUGGAUGCUUCCCGUAUCCUUUUAUCUCAUAGGAUGUCUAGUGUGUCUGUUUUGUUCUGUUAACACAAUGCACUUUUUACAUUGUAAAUAUAUUUGCUUCCUGGCCUCAUGGUUUAUAUAUCAUGUAAUUAUUUAAUUAUUGUACAUUCAGAUUUGAAUUAAUAAAAGCUCAUAGUACAGA